AUGUGUGUCAGAGGUACCGGCAACGCAUUAGAACUUUCUAGAAGCAUCGUUUGCAAUAAAACAUCAGCAAAAAUGUCGGCCGUCGUAAAUAUGAUGGACAUGCAACAAAUUGAGUUUCGUGCCGUUAUUAAAUUUCUCACAAAACAAGGGAAAGGACCACAGACUAUUUUAAGUGAAAUGAAAGCCGUCUACGGUGCUCAAUGCCCUGGCAAAACCAUGAUAUAUAAAUGGUAUGGGCUCUUCCAACAGGGUAGAGAGAUGAUAGAAGACAGACCUCGAGCACUGACCCUGAAACGCCGGCGUGAAGCUUCUCCUGUUUUCGAUGAUAGCUUUAUUGAUAGAAUACAAAAUGAACUUCUAGAUGCUGAGGCUGCUGCAUGUUGAAACAUGCACAACUUCAUGUUGUUUUGAAAUUAUGCCAGCAUUCACAAGAUCUUUUUAUGUAAAUAAAAUCACCUCAGAGUGCUGGACUAAGGAUAACUUUGUGUAGAAACAAAACAGCAAUCACUAAACUAUUAGAAUUUGGUUGUUUAGUUCUUCAAAGCACAUUUUAGAUAGUCCUUUGACAUGAUCUAGAAAAGAUUAGUCUGAGGUGAGUGUUAAAUCAGUGCUAGCAGCACAGAAUGAGAAAGUCGUUGGAUACUAUUGAUGGAUAUAAGAAAUUGAGGGAUAGAAAUUAGAUUUUUAACAAAGUUUAUUGUAUAAGGCUCAUUUCACAAGCAUGUAAAUUCCAUUUACUCCUAAGUAUUAUUGUAUUGCGGCUCAAAAUAUUAGUAUUAUGAUCUCACAUUUCACUAAGUUAUUACUUUAUUUUAUAUUCACAUUAGUAUUAUAUAAUAAUAUUUUAUAAAAUCAAACUUGUAAUGAUCUUAGCACUAACAUAACUCUAUAAGUGUGUUUACAUGUAGUUGUAAUACUUUAAUAUGCAAAACAAUGAAAUAAUUUAAUCAACAGUAAUACAAUUUUAUAAUAAAUGUGUAGUUAUAACACUUGUCAAUGCAUUAUUCUAAAAUAUUAACUGAAUAAAACAUAAUCAAUUCCUUCAAUGAGAUUUAAUGAUUGGAGAUUCUUUUCAAAUUCACCAUUUGUCAUGUCUAAUUUAAAGCAUAUAAGUAAAGGAGGCUUUGCAUCUGCAAAAUGAAUUACUGGCAAUUUAGCCAAUACUUUUCUUUCAAUAGGGCAGUAUAGUUCCACAUAUUGCCCUAUUUUGUUCUUGUCAACAUCACAAAAUGCCACAACUUUGUUUAAGUUUUCUGAAUUCAAGGCUCGAACUAAUCUUCUGCCAGCUUUUCCUGCAUUCCAAACUGUAAAAUGAUUCCAAUUAGGAAAGAUAUGUUUUUGUAAUCUUUCUAGUUGGACUUGCCAAAUAUUUUCUCUUUUGACAGAAAAUGUAGCUGCGUUUUCAUGGUAGGCAUACACUACCAGUUCCUUUUCUACUCUAUACAGGUCUCCUCCAGUGUCCAAAUGAGCAUAGAAAAAUAUCAGAUCUUCUGGUGUUCCACGGCCAGUUUCCACAAACCCACCAACCUUGUCAUAUACACUUCUAUGGCAGAACCAUGUAGGCAUUAGCAAAGUAGGUCCAUUGGAUGUGUAUAUUUGAUUCCUGAGCUGCUGGCUGUUAAGAUUAUUAGCCCACUGAACAUAACGUGGAGUUGAGUCUUUAGGUACUCUGAAUAUUUUACUGCCAAUAAUUGCAUUUGGUCUUGAUGUUGCAGCAUUCCACUGUAGCUCUAUUCUCUCAGAUAGCAUUAUAUCAUCUAUAUCUUGAAAACAUAAAUAUUUGCCAGUGCUUAUUUUUAUGGCACCAUUUUUUGCAGCACCUACACCUUUUGAAGUUUUGCUACUCAAUGUAACGAAACCAACUCCUUGCCUCUUAAACCAUUCCUUCCAUUUUUGUAACAGUUCUGGAGUAUUAUCUGAACUGCCAUCAUUAUAAACAGCAAUUUCAAUCUUUACAUCAGCUGUUUUCAAUAUCGUUUGUUUUGCUAUAGAAUUCAUACAACUAUCUAUCCACUCUUCGCCAUUAUGUACUGGUAUGAUUAUAGAAAUAUCAGUCAUUAUUUCUUAUAGGUGGACAUUAAUGGGAGUAAUGAGCAGAUUAUUAUACGG